AUGCCAAAUGACACAAUAGAUGUAUUGCCAGCCGUACCACUGGUGGUGAAGAGUCCAUACCUGUCCACUUGGAUGACUGGCCGACAAUUGGCCGGCGAGUGGACCCAUUUCUGGACGGGAGGAAUCAACGGUAUGGGAGGUAUGGUUCGGGUCGACGGACAGACCUAUGAGUUUAUGGGCGUCCCUUCGGCCGAUGUCAGCGGCGGUACACACCGUGUCGUACAGUCGGGUCUGAAAGUAACGCCAACGCAA